AUGUCUGGUAGCCCACAUGCAUUUCUUCUUGGUGGGCCUAAUAAAAUUCUUAAAUGUCAGCCAUUUGCUGCUUUCUGUGGUAGAUCAUCAGCUGCUAAGAGGCCAGAAGCCAAGCAAACAAAAAUGUAUUUGCUUGGUCGGAAAGGCAGACGUUCCUCCAAUGUGCCUUGCCCAGAAAGAGUAAAAGAAGUAUAUGGAGCCUUGAUUAGUGGGCUUGAUGAGUGUCUAAAAUAUCACCAGAACGUGCUCGACAACUUAACUGUCCAGCUGCAAGAUAUGACGGUAACGUCAAAAGUAAGAGAUCGAUAUAAUCUUGAAAAGCAAACCAGGACAACCAAGAGCUAUAUCCAAAGGCUGAGACUUCACAUCAAUAAGGUAGAAGACUUGUAUGAGAACUAUUGCAUCCAAAAGCGUAUACGCGAAGGGGCUUGUAGGAUGAAGCAAGCUUUUGCAGCAUCCAGUAAUAGCAAAGCAUCUCGACAGGGUUUGUGUAAUAUAAAUAAACAUCUUAAAGAGUAUGCUAGGAAUAUGGCCACUCUUGAAGCAGAAAUGGAAAACCUCAUCGGUGAAUUUUACAUUAAAAUGAAGGGCCUUGCUGGGUUUGCUCGACUUUGCCCAGGAGACCUGUAUGAAGUUUUCAUGACAUAUGGCUGUCAGCAAUGGAAAUUAAAAGGGAAGAUAGAGGCUAAAAACCUGCAAAGUUGGGAUGGACUGGAUAUGUUUUUUCGCCCGUCAAUCAACAGUCUGUUUUCAAUCAACGUGGCAGAGGUUAAAGCGAUUGUUCCUAAUUUGCCAGUUGGAAGUGUUUCUUUUGACACAAAGAAUUUCUUUACUGCCCCAACUCAAACGUUCACUGCUGAUGUUAAUGAGCUCGGGACCAUAGGAAUUCACCUUGAAGUAACAUGGUGUCCAUUCAAACAGAAUGACUGA